GCACACACAGACACGCACACACAGGCACACACACACACGCACACACAGGCACACACACACGCACACACACACUGAUGUGUAUUCCUUCCUCACCAGCAGACUUCAUCCUCCAUUAAUGAAAGUUGCAGGUUGAAACAACAACGCUCUGCAAUAAUAAUGAUAAUAAUAAUAAUAAUAAUAUUAUUAUUUCCACUCGAGUUGGAAAGUCAGUAAUUUGAGGAAGACUCAAACUUUUUUUUUUUUUACAUUUCACCAAAUCAAUUAAUUUGUGUGAACUGAAAACUGACUUUCUGACUCGAACUGGUCCAGAUAAUCAAACUGGUCCCAGUGGGUCCUCUGGAGGCGACUGGUUUCCGUUUGCAGGCCGAGUCGUUUCGACCAAUCACGUCGGAGCGUGCCGUCUCAACAGGAGCUCCUGUUAUUGAUCUGAACUAGAAGAAGGAGCUCCAGAGGAAACAUUCAGCCACCUGACUAAAGCUUUACCUUCAGACACCCUCUCCUAGCACGCAGGCCAGUGUCCCAUGAUGCAUUGCAGAGAGCCGCUGGCCCGUCUGCUGCGUGACGGCGAGCUGAGAGCAGCAGCCAGCGAGCAAACAGCUGAUUAGACCUCCAGAUGUUAGAACACUGGAGGCUCUGAUGGAGACGCCGGUGCUUCUUUGUUCACUCCAACUAAACGUCUGGGAAGUGAAGCAAUGCAUGCUGGUCCUCUGGCUGCUGUUCCGGCGUCGCGGUGGCCUUACGGCGGCGUCAUGAGUCCGUAAGGAGAAGGAAAGCCGGCAUCCUGCCCAGCCUGGAGGACCUGCUCUUCUACACCAUCGCGGAGGGCCAGGAGAAGAUCCCCGCACACAAGUUCACCACAGCUCUUAAAGCCACUGGGCUCCGCACAGGAGACCCCCGGCUGAAGGAAUGUAUGGACAUGCUGAAGAUGACCGUGAAGACGACCUCUGACGGAGCGCUGGACCGCCACCUUUUCAAAAAGUGCGUCCAAAGCAACAUCGUGCUGCUCACGCAGGCCUUCAGGAAGAAGUUUGUGAUCCCAGACUUCCAGUCCUUCUGCGGCCACAUGGACGAGCUCUACAACAACGCCAAAACCAUGUCCGGCGGGCAGGUGGCCGACUACAUCCCCCAGCUGGCCCGCUUCAGCCCGGACCUGUGGGCCGUGUCGCUGUGCACGGUGGACGGACAGAGGCACACCGUGGGCGACACCAAGGUCCCUUUCUGUCUGCAGUCGUGCGUGAAGCCGCUGAAAUACGCCAUCGCCGUGCACGACCACGGCACCGAGUACGUGCACCGCUUCAUCGGCAAGGAACCGAGCGGCCUUCGCUUCAACAAGCUGUUCCUGAACGAGGAAGAUAAACCACACAACCCCAUGGUGAACGCUGGAGCCAUCGUCUGCACCUCCCUCAUCAAGCAAGGAGCGAGCAACGCAGAGAAGUUUGAUUAUGUCAUGAACUUCAUGAACAAACUGGCAGGAAACGAGUACGUCGGCUUCAGCAACGCCACGUUCCAGUCAGAGCGAGAAUCUGGAGACAGGAACUUUGCCAUUGGCUACUACCUGAAGGAGAAGAAGUGUUUCCCAGAGGGCACGGACAUGACCUCCAUCCUGGACUUCUACUUCCAGCUGUGCUCCAUCGAGGUGACUUGCGAGAGCGCCAGCGUCAUGGCGGCGACGCUGGCCAACGGCGGCUUCUGUCCAAUCACAGGAGAGCGCGUGCUGAGCCCCGAGUCGGUGCGAGACACCCUGAGCCUCAUGCACUCCUGCGGCAUGUACGACUUCUCCGGACAGUUCGCUUUCCAUGUGGGUCUCCCGGCUAAGUCUGGUGUAGCCGGUGGGAUCCUGCUGGUGGUCCCCAACGUGAUGGGCAUCAUGUGUUGGUCUCCUCCUCUCGACAAGCUGGGCAACAGCGUCCGAGGCAUCCAGUUCUGCACGGACCUGGUUUCUCUCUGCAACUUCCACAACUACGACAACCUGAGGCACUUUGCCAAGAAGCUGGACCCUCGUCGGGAGGGAGGAGACCAGAGGGUGAAGUCGGUGAUCAAUCUUCUGUUCGCCGCGUACACCGGAGACGUCUCGGCCCUGAGGAGGUUCGCGUUGUCCUCCAUGGACAUGGAGCAGAGGGACUACGACUCCAGGACGGCUCUGCAUGUGGCAGCUGCUGAAGGACAUGGGGAGGUGGUUCGCUUCCUGCUGGAGGCCUGUAAAGUCAACUCUGUUCCCAAAGACAGGUGGGGCAACACCCCGAUGGACGAGGCGGUGCACUUCGGCCACCACGACGUGGUGACCAUCCUCCGCGACUACCACACCCAGUACGGCCCUCAGGAGAGCACCGACGACAAGAAGAAGAGCGCCGAGGAGAACCUGGACGGCCUGCUGUGAUGGAGCGGAGCCCAGAAGAACCGGGACGGCGUCUUCAAAUCUGGAUCGGAGUAUUUAAACAGCGAAAACAAAUCCUUUAGAGACGACCUCACAUUCCCCCGCCAGUGUAAAAGCUUGUAGAUGUACCAAUAGUCUUAUUUCAUUUCGCCAUCGGCUUUGUGACUUUAUAGGGACGCAAGCAGCCGCCACGUUGAAUGCUGGGUAAAUUUGGCUGCGGCUGGACUCCCGUUAUUUACUUUUUUUGAAAGGGAUGAUUUUAUUCUGAAAAGCUGAAAACAGGAAGCGAGCAGGCGUUUCGUUCCCUGGUUUAAAAAAAGACCAUCACUGAAACUCUGCAAAUAUAUAUUUGAACUGUUAAAUAUUCCUCCCUUUAAAAGGUCUUUGCUUUGCUAUCUAAUAGCCGUUUUAGUUUAUUUCUCAACUCUUAUUAUUAUUAUUUAAUAUUUAUUCUUUUUGUAACGAUGAAAGUCGACCAAAGUUCGGGUUUUCUCGAUCUCGUAAACGACACUGCCAGCGUUUGUUUACAUGUUCACGCUUAAACUCCACAAGAGGACCAAUGUUUAGUCUUAACAUAUUAAUAUAUUACAUAUUAAUAUAUACAUAUUAAUAUAUUACUGUAAUCUAACUGCACUACAGCUGCUGCGUUGAUCCAAAGUUAAUACAAAAAGAUCACCAGCUCAACCUCUUAAUUCAUUUUAUUUAACUUAGACUUUAGAGCUCUCUCAUUGGCUCUCUUGCAGCAAUGCUCUCUGGGAGUUGUAGUUGACCCCUGAUGUCUAAAUGUUUGUCUUUGAGAGGGAUUGUUCCUUUUAUUUCCUCCCCAUGUUUUUUAAACUUUUAGUGCAGAAGAAGUGUUGACUGUAAUGUUUCACAUGAUUUAUGAUGGUUUGUAUUGAAACACCUGUACCUGAGGACUCAGGAAGGUCUGAAACACAAAAGGAUUGUUUUUUAAAAUGUAUUAUGUGCAGAAGAAUCUGUCACACUUGAGCGGUUGUGUAGUUUUUCCAGAGGUGUUGUGUGUUAGUGCGUGUUGGAAGUUGUGUGUUUGUGUGUGUGGUCUCUGCGAUGCAACAAUCCUCAGCUCGGGUCAGUUCAUUCAAAAUGUUGUUUAAAAGUAUUUAAGUUAAAUAAAAAUGAAUAUAAAAGAAGCACAAAACUACCUAAAACAAUGUGCAAUAUUUAAAAUCAAUCAGCAAUACGGAUGUAAUGAUUAAUUAAAUGAUCAAUAUGAUCUGACCCCGCCCUGUGAGGUAUUCUGAAUGUAACGUGUUUGUUAUCGUUUCUUCUUCAUGUGUUUUUAUUUAUGCUGCAGAGUUUAGAUAUUUAUUCACGUUCAAACAUUGAAUAAAAGUUCUGAAAA